UCCACGCGACCAACUAACCAACCAACCAACCACCAGCAAGGCACCAGCAGACAACCAAGCAUUCUGCUCUUACUCCUGCAGUAGGGUGGACCGUCGAUAUACUCGCUGUCCUGGACACACUGGAGAGUCGGCGACAGUCACCUCGUGUCAUUUGGUAGUGGGGUUCGCGCCUCGACGUCACUUUUCGUUCGAUAGCAUUGACGUGCCAAUCGGGAACCUCAGCAAUUAUUUAAUUUCUUUAUAUUGCGGUACCAAGUGUCAUUCUCAGCGAGAACUUCUUGAGAGGAAAUCUCAAGAACGUUCCUCUACCAGUUAUUAUUAUAUUAUAUUUUAAUUGGAUCUUCAAUAGCUUGGUUUUUUUUUGCCUUUUCAUCAUUUUGAAAUUUCUAUUAAUUUUCCCAUUGUACAUACCGGUUGUUAUUGUGGCUUUAAGAAUUAGAGUGGUCGUGCGUGGAUAACCAAGGACAAAUGGAUGAUUUUCAAGUGUUUAAAUUUCUAUCAAGGACUGUAGUUAUUUCAGCAGCAAUUUUCAAACAACUUGUGUAGAUAAAUGGUGAUUGCAAAACGUCAGUGAAUAUUGAGAAAAUUUGCAGUUGAAGUGAAUCUAAGUAACAAGUUGUCGCAUUACUUGUAUGGUAAUAGUGUACUUCAGAUUAGUCGAAUGGUUAAUGUGUGAAUUCAGUGAAUCAAAUGCAUAUGGCGAUUGGAUAAUUUCAAAGAGUGUCUUAGGUACCUACGGAUUAAAUAUCAUCUCCUUAAGGAAUCUAUAAGCAGAAAUGUUGAUCGUUCUAACGUAAUAAACAGUGAUUUACAAAAGUCCGGAAGUGCUACAGUCAGGCUUACGAGUUCCGGGUAGGGCAGGCUUGUUCGCGUCCAUCCACUUAUACGACGCACGCAAUAUCCACUAAUAACGGAGCGUCCUCAAAUCUGUUUAAUUAAAAGCAUAGACUGCGUAGAUCGAAAGCGCACAUUGACCAAUCAGAAUUAUAGCUUGGUCUCGGACGCAUGCGGAUACCACCGGAUUGAAAAUCGGCGAGCGUGGGUUGACGCGCGGCGCCAACCUGUUGCUCAAGAUCACGCGAGACGCAGACCGUCCGAUUUCAAUACUCUGUCAUCCUAUGCAUUCUCGCAAUCGUAUAGCCAAUUCGCUGUCUCCUCAUUCAAAGAAUAUAUAUUCAUGUUCGCGCGAAGCCUCAAUGCCCAUGUGCCGAAGAGUCAGGAUUCUCUAUACUCUUUCUUUCUAGUCAAUUUGAAAUAUCUUUUCUGCAUUAAUCAAACCGAUUUACUGACUGUCGCGCAGCAACAUUUCUUCCUCUCGUGGAAUCAUUCGACUAACGGUAAAAAUCGGCUCCCCGGAUCGUCGCGACUAGUGGUGACUCGUGAAGUGCCAGUGAAGUGUCUCGAGAACUCGAGAGUUCCCAGUAAGAGUGAAAAGUGACAUUCCUCCGAGUACUCAAGAUCCAAGUACUCUGCGAGGAUUCAGGAUUCUAUGUAUAUUUUUCGUAUGGAUGCAUUAUAAUCUAAAAGUUUUCAAGCCCGUUUCGAGUCGAAGACUUGACCAAUGACAUUUCUAUGGGAAUGAGUGGAUGAGCAAUCGCGCCAGCAAAAUGGGGCGAAUCAGGAUUGAGAUCAGUGCGAUUUUAGCCUUAGGGUGUUUGCUCUGUGUGAGCCUGGGAAACUCGAGGAACCUCUCGACGAAGGAACUUUUGGAGUGUCGUGCCAACCUGAGCAGAGCCGUACGCAACGACACGAUCUUCCUCGAGAGAAUUCAUCAAGCCGAUUACAUAUUUACGGGGAAGAUCAAGGAUCUGCAGGAGGGUCGACUUCACGUCCGCGUAAAGCGAGCCAUCAAGGGUCUCCUUAACGGGACCCUCGACCUCAUCCUCAACGACACUUGCGCCGUUUACAUACGUCGUAGCUACACCGGCAUAUUCAUGGCACGACGAGAUUUUGGUUUUGGAAAUUUGAAACACUUGGGAAAAGUCGUGAUGCACUUUGGACCUGUUCCGCUGACCCUUGCCAAUUUGGACAGACUCAACUCUGCAGUACGAGGUGGAAAAAAAAAACGAAUGAAGGAAGGAAGGAAGGAAGGAAGGAAGGAAAGAGAGGCAGCAGGUAGAACUUGAGCCGUUCUUUCCUUAAUUCUUCUAGGCGUUUUACAUCGCUGGGUCUCGUGAGUCUUCUGAGUU